AUGGCCAUGAGAAAGGAAUCAAGCCCUCCAAAGCAAAAGCAAAGCAUAAGAUAAAGCACAAAGAGAGAGAUAUAAAAAAGCAAAAAAAUAAAAUAAAAAAAGCAUCUUUAACAUCAAAGCUCUCUUUACCUUUCAUCAUAGGAAACCCCCCCUAAGCAAUCAAAUACUCAUAUGCUUCUCCUCUUUUGCUUAGUUCACACUUACACAACUCCUCAAAUUAAACUAAGCCAUGGCUAGGAUAGAAGCUGUGAUCAUUUGCCUGUUGAUUGUGAUCAUGGAUGCAGUUGCAGGUGUACUAGGAAUUGAAGCUGAGAAAGCUCAAAACAAGGGGAGGCACUUAAGGGUGUUCUUCAUUGAGUGCAAUGAACCAGUUCACCAGGCAUAUCGGCUCGGGCUCGCGGCAGCCACCCUCCUUGCGUUGGCCCACGCCAUCGCGAAUGCGCUCGGCGGCUGCCCGUGCAUUUGUUCGGGGACCAAAUUCAAACAGUCGACGGCCAACAAGCAAAUGGCUGCAGCAACCUUAAUCAUCUCAUGGAUUGUUGUCAUAGUUGGAUUUACUAUGUUGAUCAUAGGGGCUCUCUCAAAUUCCAAAUCCCGAGCAUCUUGUGGCUUCGAUCGCCACCGUUUCCUCUCGAUCGGAGGGAUCCUGUGCUUUGUUCAUGGCCUGUUUUGCCUGGUGUAUUAUGUCUCUGCAGAUGCCGCUAUAAGAGAGGAAGGAAAGUCUCAAAGGGGCAAUGGAUCUCAUGGUGUCCAUCCCUAAUCAAAUUUCACCUUUUAAUUCAAUGAACUUUGAUGAAUAUGUAUUA